CGCGAAUGCAAUCACAGUUGGUGAUCGCAUCAGCCAAGAAUAUGACGUCAUUUGAAGCAUACCGGUAUGAUAUAUUGUAGUAGAAUAUAUUGUAGUAGAAGGUACGAGUAGUAUGAUUAUGAUAGUGGGAUCAUACUGUACAGCACUUGUGCGAGGCUUCUUUCUUUCAAAAACCAAGAACACGAAUCGACGAAAGAUUUUUAGAUCCAUCAACCACAGAAAAAAGCAGGUUAGAAGAUCUUCUUGGAUGAAGAGAAAAAAUAAAUUUGACUAACUCGUUAUCAAAAUGGCAGAUAGAUACGGGAUUGUAGUCGUUUUGAAGGCGAAAGAAGGAAAGAUUGACGAGCUCAUCGAACUUGGCAAGGGACAUUUCGUGAGACAACACGAUGGUCGAGAACCAGGAGCUACUUGCGCAUCAAUCAUUAUGCCGUUGCCCGACGAGCCAAAUACGGUUCGUUUCUUUGAACAGGUAUGAAAGUUCUGGCAGUKUUCAUUUCCCCAUUUUUGCGUUUUYGUGGAAAUUCCCUGUUGGAKCUUCUGUCCGACCGCACACGGCGCUUUUCACAAGAUCGAGGCCRUGGCACUGGUGCAGACAUUUAAGUCAAUUCCUUGACGAUUAACAACGCGCUAUAGAGAACAGUGAAAACUUACGAAUUGUUACUUUUCAUUUCAUGAUAUCGUUCUACGUGCGGUGCCUGAAAAGUGGAUCGACAAAGAAAGUUACGAAUUGCAUAGUGCGCCUAACGAGAACCUGGCGGUAUUUCUGGAAGCCGCUGGCCCCAUCCUCGACGGUGCUCCGAUCGUCUUAAGCUCACCAAUGCUCCAUUAUGAGAAGAAGURAAUGCUGAUUCAGGUUUGGCACGACUCACUCAGUGAAUCGAGAAAUUCAUUGUGUAAACUUCACCCAACGAAAAUGAGUGCGUCGUUUUCUUGGAAUACACAUCCAAUCGUAUACAAAAAAGGAGCAUUGUUGCAGUUAAAGCAUUUCGACGGGGAAAAGCACAAGGUAGACGUCAUUCAUGAUUUCAUUUAGGGUAUCCAUAAGUCUUGUGACAGGUAAAAUAAAAAUCAUUUCUUCCGUAGGAACAGAAACUGUGGAAUCAACCAUUGAUGUCGCUAUUCUUCCUUCUUUUAGGAACUAUGAAAUGCAGUGCCAACUGUGAGCCUAAAUCACGAGUAGAUAGUGAAUAAGCUCACUCUUUAUUG